UAUGGUCACACCUGCAGGCUCAGGCGAAGAGAGACAAGAAUCGGCGCCAGAUUCUUUCCUGUGGCUGACCUGACCUGUUAAUUAAUCUGAGGGCGUUAAUUUUUGGACUUUUCCUUCAUUUGGUCUUUAUUUUUGGGCGUGCGCUACCGUUAGCCAGCACGGACAACUGCAAGGAGAGUAGGAGUGCGGCGAGGAGGAGGAAGGAGGCGGAGGAGGGAGGAGGAGGGAGUAGGGAGGACGGAGGAGGGAGGAGGGAGGAGGGGGAGGAUUCGCAGGUGCAAGAAGCGCCCGCCAUGGCCGGCCGGCUUUGUCACAACUGUGGUAACGAAGGCCAUGUCAGACGGUUUUGUCCGUUUGAUGGGAUUUCGAACACCCAAGGAGAUCACGCACACAAGCAGUGUCGAAAUUGCGACGAACUAGGUCAUAUUGCCCGAGACUGCCCAUAUGAGCAGACUUGUCAUAACUGUCGCAAGCCUGGCCAUGUGCGCAGCCAGUGCUCUGAGAAGGCCAUGUGUCGAAACUGCGGUGAAGCGGGGCAUAUCGCCAAAGAGUGCCCGUACGAGCAAAUAUGCCAGCACUGCCAUAAACCAGGCCAUGUUAGAGCCGAGUGUGUUGAACUUUCUAUGACGAGGAGAACCAGAGGAGGAGAGAAGUCCUGUCAUCUCUGUGGUCAGGUUGGGCAUUUCAAGCGCGAAUGCACUCAAGUCAACACUCUGGCGGAUACAGGACCUGUGGGAGGUAAUCUGAAGGCCUGCCACUCUUGCGGAAGGGUUGGACAUCUGAGGCGUGAUUGUCCGCAGCUUUCUGCCCCUGCACAAGAAAUCAUCGGUCAGGUAAAGGCGUGCCAUUUAUGCGGAAUCGUUGGGCACUUGAGACGGGAUUGCCCUCAGGGAGCCGCUUGCGAUGACAGGACGUGGAGCCCACCCACGUGUCAUAAUUGCGGGCAAGUUGGGCAUUUGAAACGGGACUGCAGUAUCGUAAUCAACAAUGCAGUCCAGGAUAAGGCAUGCCAUACUUGUGGAGAGCUGGGCCAUUUGAGGCGCCAUUGUCCCCAAACAGUUGUCGUUGCUUGAACCCCGUCCUGGGCAGCCUAGCCUCUUUUCAAAGUCCCCCCUUCUCCACUCGCACUGCCAUGUGUCACGGGGCCGCCGCAAGGCUCAAAGUGCCCAUCGAUAUGAGGCUGGCGCCACCAGGCAAAUCGCAAGCUGCGACGGUUCGGAUUUCUUACGGCCAGGCGAAGAAGCGCGUAGGGAAAAUGAGACUCGGAACCACUGGUGCAUUACUGAGCUUCAGCCUUGAGGAAACGGGCUCCAAGCCAGCCAGCCAGCGGGCCUGGGAAGAGAGAGACAGAGAGAGAGAGAGAGAGAGAGAGAGAGAGAGAGAGAGAGAGAGAGAGAGAGAGAGAGAGAGAGAGAAUCCUAGAAUCAUGUAUAAGUUAUACCCCUGAGAAGGUUAGAGCGGAGGUUAGAAUUUGGCGGGGGUAUCAGGUUUCUGUCUCCUCCUUCCUCCUUUCCUUUUGCUGUACACCUACUGCCCAGUUUUGGUAAACCCCCUCCACCUUUCUUUUCAUUUCUGUUCUUUGUUUUGUUUCUUUCUUUUUUCUCUCUUUUCACACACUGGCCAGUUUUGCUGCCCCUAGUCCGUGUAACUUAACCUCCUUCUGGUUUGUCUCUUCUUCUCGUCCUUCUUCCAAUUCUUCCAACACGCAAAUCUGGUCCUGCGGGUGUAUCAGUGUGGGUGUACGAGUGCUUUGCGGGCUUUUCUUCGGUUUCUAUAACUCUCCAGAUGAAUGCCAUUGGUGCUUUUUGGGGCAUUUUUGGAACCCUGUGCGAGGAGAAAAAGUCGUCGUAAAUGUGGAGGGCUAGCUCCACCCGACGUACCUGCGUUGUUUCCUCUUUUUUCCUUCAGGCGGAUGUGGUAGUUAGUCGUUGCCAGCGUCCUGCCUGUGGCCGCUUUGAGGAUUUUGCAGCAGGCUUUUGGUUUCUAGAUGAAUGCAGUCGGUGCAUUUCGGCCAUAUCUCGACCUCUCCGGCAGGAGGAGAGUAGACGUAGAUGUGGGAGCAUUGCCAUGUGCUCCUCGUCACUUUGUACAUAGCCGCAUAGCUAGGUAGGCGUCCUGCAGUCGUCAACCUUACCUACUCUUUUCUCUCCUUCCCUGUCUCUCAAUUCUCUGCUCGCUUCUGCGUCCCUCUCCUCCUCAAACGAGCGAGCCCAACGACCUUUGCUCUUUAUCCCUCGCGUCGGGCCCGUGCAGCACACUCUUCUUCUCCUUGCCUUGCUCUCCUCCCUCUCCUCCCUGCCGUCCUCCCUCUUCUCCCUCUUCUCCCUCUUCCACCUUUUUUUUCCCGGCCUCUACCCUCUCCUCUCCUCUCCUCCCGCUUGCCUGUUGCUGCCUUUUCUCCUCUCUUCUCCCCUUGUUUCCCCACUUGCCCUUCUCUUCCAUGCCCGUCCCUCUCCCAUCUUGUCCUCCCUACUCCUGUUUCUCCUCUUUCCUGAUUGCCACUCCUAUUAUUGACUUCCUCUUCUUCCUAAUUUUUUUCUUCUCCUCUUGCCUCUUCCCAACUCAGUCUCUGUGCUAUCCCCUCUUAAUUUUCUACCACUCUUCCGUGCUUUAAUCAACUCUGCUCCCCUCUGUGCAUUGAUAAUUUGAUAUGCACACAGUUUUUGUCUGUCUUCCUGCCUGUCUUCCUGUCUGUCUGUCAGUCUGUUCGUCUCAGCGUCGAGCUUCUGGCGGGCUGCUUUCAGAAUAGCAGGUCGGCGGAUCGAGCCUCAAGAUUCUUUCUUUAUCUGCAGUGGCCAUAGUCGUCUUUUACCAAGACUCCUCCUCCUCCUCUUUUUUUCUUUUUGCCUUUUGAAGUAAUGAAUGUCCUCUCCUCUC